AAAGCCCUCAAAAUUAUUCCCCGUUAUUAUUUUCCCUCUACUACUUCUGGAGGAGUCAUUUUCUUCUUUUCUUAUUCCUCCGAGCUGACCAAAACCAUUUCAACAGAGGAGAGACCCUUCGCCAAAUCCCAGUAUCCAAAAUGGGUGAGACUGAGGCCAAAAGAAAACGAGGUCGUAAACCCAAAACCACCAUUUCCGAAAACCUAGAAAUCCCACCUACAUCAACUUCCACCGCCAUUGUCCCCGCCACUACCCCCGGCACCACCUCCACACCUGUAUUGGACGAUGUUUUCUCAGUCAGCAAUGUCGAAAUACUUGACACGGGUACGCCCACUGACCGUCACCGCCGCCGUCGCCCCGGCCGCCCACCCAAGAAGCUCCCCAAGAACUCUGAUAAGCCCGAGAAGCCCCCGGCCAAGGCCCCAGGGAGACGCCCCUCUCGGCCGGUUGAAAAUGGCGACUUCGCGUUAUCCACUGACCUGGUGGUUGGCCCAGGUUUGGGUGCUGAUCAUGGGAUCAGGUGGGAGAGCGUAGAGAGGGUGAUGCCCGCUAUGGAUUCUGUGGUGAAGGUUUUUUGUGUCCAUACGGAGCCUAAUUUCUCGCUUCCGUGGCAGAGGAAGAGGCAGUAUAGCUCGAGCAGUAGUGGGUUUGUUAUUAGUGGGAAGAGGGUGCUUACUAAUGCGCAUUCGGUGGAGCAUUAUACUCAGGUCAAGCUCAAGAAGCGUGGCUCCGACACCAAGUAUUUGGCUACUGUUCUUGCCAUUGGCACCGAGUGUGAUAUUGCAAUGCUUACUGUUGAUGAUGAUGAGUUUUGGCAAGGAGUAUACCCUGUAGAAUUUGGGGAUUUGCCUACACUUCAAGAUGCCGUGACUGUUGUUGGUUAUCCAAUUGGAGGUGACACCAUUUCUGUGACUAGUGGAGUUGUAUCUCGAAUUGAGAUUCUAUCCUAUGUUUAUGGUUCCACCGAACUUCUUGGUUUGCAGAUAGAUGCUGCUAUAAACUCAGGUAAUUCAGGUGGACCUGCUUUUAAUGAUAAAGGUAACUGCGUGGGUAUUGCAUUUCAGUCCCUUAAACAUGAGGAUGCGGAGAACAUUGGUUAUGUCAUUCCAACACCAGUUAUUAAGCACUUCAUUCAAGAUUAUGAAAAGAAUGGUGCUUAUACAGGAUUUCCAAUUCUUGGGAUUGAGUGGCAGAAGAUGGAAAAUCCUGAUUUGCGCAAGUCUAUGGGCAUGAAACCUGAUCAAAAAGGUGUUCGCAUUAAAAGAAUUGAUCCUACAACUCCAGAAGCUCAAGUUUUAAAGCCAUCUGAUAUAAUUCUCAGCUUUGAUAGUGUUCAUAUUGCCAAUGAUGGAACAGUUCCUUUUCGACAUGGCGAGCGCAUAGGUUUUAGUUACCUUAUCUCCCAGAAGUACACUGGAGAUAAUGCUGCUAUCAUGGUUUUGCGCAACUCUGAGAUUCUCAAUUUUGAUAUUGAACUUGUAACCCACAAAAGGCUAAUACCAGCACACAAUAGAGGAAGACCUCCAUCAUAUUAUAUCAUUGCUGGAUUUGUUUUUACGACCGUGUCUGUUCCUUAUCUCCGAUCUGAGUACGGAAAAGAUUACGAAUAUGAAGCCCCAGUGAAGCUAUUGGAUAAGCUGUUGCAUUCUUUACCAGAAUCUCCCGAUGAACAGCUUGUUGUGGUUUCUCAGGUGCUCGUGGCUGAUAUCAACAUUGGGUAUGAGGACAUUGUUAACACCCAGGUUCUGGCUUUCAAUGGUAAACCUGUAAAGAAUCUGAGGAAUCUGGCCAACAUGGUUGAGAGCUGUAAUGAUGAAUUUUUAAGAUUUGAUUUGGAAUACCAACAGAUAGUGGUCCUCCGUACAAAGACAGCAAAUGACGCUACUCUGGACAUUUUGGCAACACAUUGCAUACCAUCAGCCAUGUCUGAUGAUCUCAAGACAUAAAAUUCAAUUGGGCAUACUAGAUACUACCCUGAGUUGCUGCUUCUUGUAGGCACUAGAUAAGGAAUUUUGGAUUCUUUUUGGUGAACAUGUAGUUGUUAGUAUACCAUAGUAAAUUAUUCGUUAACCUCAGCUUAAGCCUGUUGCAUUCUCCGGUCAAAACAUGUAGGCCUAGAAUCUUCAUUGAAGCUGAUGGAAAAUAUGGUAGGUGUAAAAUCUAGAGGCAAUCCUCAAAUUUUGAUAGGGCAUUCAAAUUUUGAAAGUGGUGGCCUAACUAAUUUUAUGCUGUCAAGAUCUUCAGGUUGAGGACAUGUUUCAUGCAAGAUGAGGUUGGGCCCAAUCAAGAAGAAAAAAGUGCUUUUGCUCUUA